AGUCUUGCAAAGGUGUAUCGGAUCCUCCCCUUCAGUCUUGCAAAGUUGUACUGGCUCCUCCCAUUCAGUCUUGCAAAGGUGUACCGGCUCCUCCCCUUCAGCCUUGCACAGGUGUACUGGCUCCUCCCCUUCAGUCUUGCAAAGGUGUACCGGAUCCUCCCCUUCGGUCUUGCAAAGUUGUACUGGCUCCUCCCCUUCAGUCUUGCAAAGGGUGUACCGGCUCCUCCCCUUCAGUCUUGCACAGGUGUACUGGCUCCUCCCCUUCAGUCUUGCACAGUUGUACCGGAUCCUCCCCUUCGGUCUUGCACAGUUGUACUGGAUCCUCCCCUUCAGUUUUGCACCGUUGUAACGGCUCCUCCCUUUCAGUCUUGCAAAGGUUGUACCGGCUCCUCCCCUUCAGUCUUGCACAGGUGUACCGGCUCCUCCCCUUCAGUCUUGCACAGUUGUACCGGCUCCUCCCCUUCAGUCUUGCACAGGUGUACCGGCUCCUCCCCUUCAGUCUUGCACAGUUGUACCGGCUCCUCCCCUUCAGUCUUGCACAGUUGUACCGGCUCCUCCCCUUCAGUC